AUGGAUCCUAUCCCUGCUAUUGCUCACAAUACCAAAGUUUCUCCCGGCAGUGUCAUCGAUCCUGAGACUGCAAAGGGUGUACUCUUAUUUACGCCUUCCACCAUUCGCUCUAUCAAUAUACAAGAUAUGGAUGCUUAUGGAUUUAUCGGUUCAUUAGGUAUUCUAGCAUUGAUGGUUUCAUGGAACGAGUUUCAUCUUGCCCAUUAUUUGUCGUUUGCUUUGCGAGGUGCUGGUUUGAUCAUUAUGGAGUCUACUGCUAUUGAGCCACAAGGUCUUAUUUCUCCUCAUGAUACGGGUCUUUGGAAGGAUGAACAAAUUGGUCCUAUGAAGCGUGUGGUGGAUGCCAUCAAAUCUCAAGGCAGUGUAGCUGGUCUUCAAAUUGCUCAUGCAGGUCGUAAAGCAUCCAUGGGAUCGCCAUUUGCUGGUUAUCGUCUUUUAUCUGAAUCGGAGGAUGGUUGGCCCAACGACAUUUGGGGUGCUUCUGAAGUGCCGUAUGACGAAGAGCAUGGCAAACCACAUACGUUGAGCAAGGAACAAAUCAAGAAUCUCGUUCAAAAGUUUGUUGAUACCACUGUACGUGCUGAUAAGGCUGGUGUCGAAGUGCUUGAAAUUCAAGGUGCUCAUGGUUAUUUGCUGCAUAAUUUCUUGUCAGGCGACUCCAACAAGCGGACCGACGAAUAUGGUGGAUCCCUUGAAAAUCGUAUGCGUUUUCCUCUUGAAGUCGCACGUGCCGUGCGUGCUGCAUGGCCUGAGCACAAGCAAUUAUGGCUUCGUUUUUCGUCAACCGAUUUCAAAGAUAUUGAUCACUUUGCUCAUGACAGGGAUGGUUGGGAUGUGUAUCAAGCCAUUGAGUAUGCCAAGGAACUCAAAAAGAUCGGCGUUGAUGUUAUUGAUUGCUCUGCGGGUGGCAAUUUAUCAGGUGUCAAGUAUCCCACUGCUCCUCAUUUUCAAGUACCCUUUGCCGAGGCUGUCAAGCGUGAUGCCGAUAUUCCCACGGCUGCUGUUGGUUUGAUCACUGAUCCUCUUGAAGCUGAAAAGGUGCUUCAAGAAAACAAGGCUGACUUUAUCCUUUUGGCCAGAGAGUUUAUACGCAAUGACAAUUGGACCAUGCGUGCUGCUCAAGAGCUUGGUGUUCGUGUAAAGUGGGCUGGUCAAUACGAGCAUGCUGAUGAAGAGAAUUGGGUUGGCAAGAAGAAGAAUGCUGUUUUGGUCAAAGAAUUGCUUGUCCCUGAUCCGUCCAAAGCAUGA